CAUGGAAAUCAAGCACUAUUUGAAACUUUAGUUAUUGAAAAAUGUCCCAACAAAAUCGCCCAUAAAUAAGGGGAGAAAUGGGCUGAAUUUGGAACCUGAACAGAGAAUGGAACAGAAACUGUUGAAACAGGAAUCAGGAUCGGGAUUGGAACAGAAAUCAGAUGGAGAUCUCGUGGAAUCGAAACCGGAACAGAAAGCCGUUGAAGAAGAUUUUGUGAAGUACUUCUCUAAGUUCUCUAAGUAUGACGAUUCCGACUUUCCUUAUCACGUCAAAAGUGGUAAUUUUGAGUAUAAGAAUGAGGCAUAUAGGCUGCUUGAGGCUCAAAUUCAAAUCUAUAAGGAGAAGUCUCGCAACCUAAGUGUGUACGAUGCUAUCGCCCGUCCACCAAGAUCCCAUUUAAUUUUAAUGGGCGGCGGUGUCACACCCCAUGUCAUUUCCUAUGAUGAUCCUAUUCUCCAAGGAUACUCCAAGCUUGCAUUGGACUAUUACCGUGAAAAAAACAAUAAUCAGGGUCCAACUUUUGUGUUUCAUGGCCUUGUCAAGUGUACCCAUGCCCUUAUUAAUGGUAGAAUCUUUUACAUUACCUUUACCGCAAAAGCUGAAGAUGAUCUUUCCGACACCCCUGCUUUAACAACUUUCCAAGCUGAAGUAUGCUGUGCUCGAGAUAAACAACCUGAGAUCAGAGAGUGUGCCAUUAAAAUCUAAUACACUCCACCAUGGAUUCUACCUGCUAUGAAUAUGGUUGUGUUGGAAAUAAACAUGUGACAGACUUAUAGGUUUAUUAAUUAAAUAUGACUUCAUGUAGCUGGUAUUUAUGUCAUUGGAUAUCCCACCCUUUUAUAUGAACUUAUCUAUCUAUGUCUUUAAUAA